AUGGUCAACUUCAACCUCGCGCAUACCUCGCGAAUCAACCCAGCGGGCGCCACACCGGUCCUUACGCAAGCCCAACUCUGGGCUGGCCUCCAGCGCAAAAUCCGGUUUGCACAGGAAUUCGUGCCCGUGAUUGAGAGGUGCACGGUGCUCGAGGAGAGCGCAGAUGGCGUGGUGACGCGUGACGUUGUGUUUAAAAAGGGCAUGGGACCGAAAGAUACAGCUCGCGAGGUAGUGAGGGGGUUUUGGCCGACUUGGGUCGAUUUCGAACAAGAAGAUGGAACUCAUAUUCGCAAUAUCAUUUCUGAUGGUGCAUCGGGCGAGGUCGAGGAUCUGCAUAUGACGUAUGUGUUUGAGUUUCGGUUGCCUAAUGUGCAGGAAGGGACCGAAGAGGCAGAGAAGGAGUUGGCGAAGCUCAAGGGGAUGGCGAAAAAGGCGGUGGAUUCGAGUAUUGAUGCUAUUAGGGAGAUGGUCAAGGAUGGGAGGAUCAAAGAGUAA